AAACUCAAAAGUAAAACCAAAUCCAACCAAUCAAAUUAACAAAAAUCAAGCAUCCGCGAGCCGAAUCCCAAAACCCGAAUCCCUCACUUUAAACUCAGCCAGCCAGCCAGUCCAUGAACCGUUACGCGCGUGUUCGUAAAGUCACACAGCUCAGUCGCUACUUUUUCACUCCUGGCGCUCUUUCCACUCGCCUGACUCGGUCGGCUCAGUAACUCGUCACUCCCUGCAACUCCACCACCACUGUCAGAAAAUUCACAACUCUCAGAGGCUUCGAAUUCGCCGAGAUCUCCGAGAAUUUUGAAAAUUUCAGAAGAAAAUAAUCACUUGCAUUUUAAUUUCGGGACGAUUUCGGAAGCGAAUCCAUAUGGAAGCAGUGGCUUCGGCUCCUCCAUGGAUGCCGGAAGACGACCUCCGCUUGAAGGAUGCCAUGGAGACAGGUGCUUCUCUGGAAGCACUUGCUAGAGGCGCGGUGCGAUUUUCGCGCAAAUUCACAAUCGGAGAGUUGCGGGAGCGGUGGUGCUCGCUCCUCUACGACGCUGAUGUCUCGGCGGAGGCGUCGGCUCGGUUGGCGAAGUUGGAAGGUUGCAAUUCCAACUCAGCGUCCAAGGCUAGUAGAUUCAGUCGUUCUAGGGGUUUGCAGCGAAAAUCCGAUAGCAUACGGAAGCAUUACUAUGCUAUGCAGAAGAUAGAGAGGAGAUUUGGCGAUGUUAAUUCCGUUGAUCCCGAUUCUUAUCAGAAGGACUUUUUCGAUCGUAAUUUUCUUUUCAGGCCGGACAUUGAUAAUGGCGAGGCUUUAGAGGAAAAUUUUGGGGCUGGAGAUCAUAAUCAGCCCUUGUUUUUGGAUUGUGAUGUGGAUAACGGCGAUGCUGCUAAUGCAUUUCGUGGUGGAGAACGUGUUUCGAUUGGAAAUCAUGGUGCGGAGGGAGGUGGAGAGCUUGUUGUGAUUGGAAAUCAUGGUACGGAGGGAGGUGGAGAGCGUGUUUCGAUUGGAAAUCAUGGUGUGGAGGGAGGUGGGGAGUGUGUUCCGAUUGGAAAUUAUGUUGUGGAGGGAGUUGUGGGGGAAGGGUGCUCAAAUGAAUUUGUCGAACAGGUUUCUUUGCUGCCAGGUAACGAAUUAGGAGAGAAUGCUUUUUGCCAUGAUAAUGCCUGUCAAGAUCUGCCUGCUCAUCGAGAUGAUGCAAUUGAUUUUGGGAAUGCCUUAGAUGCGGAAGAUAUAGGGCCAUCUCAUGCAUCUGUAGAUGAGCCUCUUUGGAAAACGAUUGAGGAUGUACGGGCACCAGAAAUGCCAAUGGAUGUCAGCAUGGGGGUUAACGGUGAGGAUGCCGAAAAGACAUUGGUAGUUACUGAUGAUAUGGAUGUGGAUAAUAUUGGUUCAUCUCAAUACGAUGAUAUCCAUUCUGAGGAAGUGUUUAAUGAUGAACUGAUUAGGUCUGUCACAGUUUCCGGAGAUGAUUAUGCAGACAUAGACCUUGCGAAUGAGUAUGAGCUUGCCUUCAUGUAUGCAAGUGGCAAGGAGUCAAUAGAUAAGUCAUCUUCUGAAAACCUGAAUCCGAUUUCGUUGAGUAAGACCAAGGAUGUUCAUGAAAAUGAUGUACCGUCUCACUCUGGCCAAGAUCUUCCCCCAAAGUUGAUUUCAGAUUCAUGCCAGGUUGUUACAGACAAUAUGCAGGCUGCCGAGAUGGAUGUUGCUGCUGAACUGUCUCACUCUGGCCAAGAUGAUCAGUGUGUUAUCUCUUGUUCUGAAGCCAAUAUGACAGCAUCUACGUCAGUGCUACAUCCUCUUACUCCUGAACUUAAUCAUGAAGAGAUGAUCUGCACAUUGAAUACUGAGGACCCUGAAAUCCCAUGCAAUGAUGAUAUAUUUCCAUCUACUGCAACUGUUCAUGCUGUAUCGGAACCAACCUUAAAAGGAGCUCAUGAGUUGGCUUCCUCAACUGGUAAAAGAAAAUGCGAUCAACAAAGGAAAGAAGAAGAUCCUGCACGACCUUUUAAGGUUCCCCAGAUGGUGGGAUACGACACAAGUACAGAAAACAGCCCUAACCAUGCACUUGGUUCUUUUGGAGUUAAAGCUCCAUAUGGUGAUAGUAAAUGUGUAGCUUCAGUCUCCAAACAUGAUAAAAAUGUCAUUGCCGACCAAAGCCAAAGCAGAUCAGCACAGGCACCAUCUAAGUCUAUCACCAAUCAAGGGCUCAAAGAAGAGGGACUAGAAGCUCCUUUUACAAUUGCAGAACUUGCACCCUUAUGCGCAGAGGGUUCUACAACUUUCCCAGAACCAGAAGCCAACCCAUCAGUACUAGAUCGUGAAGAAUCUGAGGAAAAAUCUGAUGAUGAUGCUGACAUUCCUUGUUAUUCUGAUAUUGAAGCGAUGAUACUUGAGAUGGAUUUAUAUCCACUGGAUCAGGAUUCAUACAUCAGUAGUGAAGUCUUAGAGUAUCAAAACGAGGAUUCUAAAAGAAAAAUCAUGAGGUUGGAACAGUGUGCACGAUCCUCUAUGCAAAGAACCCUUGCAUCUAAAGGUGCACUUGCAGUAUUGUAUGGAAACCAGAUAAAGGAAUACAUUAAGAAAACUGAGGUAAUAAUUGGCAGAUCAACAGAAGAUAACGAAGUUGAUAUUGACUUGGGAAAGGAAGGGCGGCAUAAGAAAAUAUCUCGGCGGCAGGCUUUUAUAAAGAUGGAAGGAGAUGGUUCUUUCUCUUUGAAGAAUCUUGGCAAGAGUUCAAUAUUUUUGAAUGGUGAAGAAGUUGCUUCGGGACAGCGUGUUACUCUUAGUUCAAGUAAUUUGAUUGAGAUUAGGGACAUGUAUUUUAAUUUUGAGACAAAUCACAAAUCUGUGAGGCAGUAUCUGGGAAGAAUUGGCCAGAAAAGCGAGGAUAAGGACACCAAGUUCGAAUGGCCACCUGAGAGAGGCCCAUAAGUGGAGAAUAAUAUGACAAGGAUGACCAAAAUGAUUGAUGGUGGACAAACUCAGGGACCACUUCUAUCGAUUUCAAAUCUUAGUGACCAAAGUGAGAAGUUAUGCUAAUUUCAAUAACUAUUUUGGCUAAAUUUCUAUGUAUAGUAGUUAAUCCUUCAGCCCGAAGGACGAAAAGUUGUAGUACAAAAGUAUAUGUAUAUAUAGAUAUAUCAGUUAACAGUAACUAACCAGCUCCUUGUUAUGUUAA